AUGAGUGACAGGUUUAGUGUUCCUUUUCCACAGGUGAAAAGUGAAGCUGCUCCCCAGAAAAUCACCCCAGAAGAACCUGCCCCAGCAGUGGAGACUUCUGCUCGGCUUCCUCGUCCGUCUUCAGCCAAAGGACAGAGACGCAGAGCUACUGUGGGCAGCCAGGAUGAGUCGGACAGUGAUGCAGAUGCAGAAAUGGUUCAGAAAGUCCCAGAGGCGUCUGCUGAGGCAACUGAAGCUGCUCCCAGGAGGAUGGUGAGACCCAGCAGUGCACGACCAGCGCCCCCUAUAGUCAAGAAGCAGGAGCCUGAGCCAACAGCUGAGAGAUCCUCUUCUGCUAAAGUCUCGUCCCUGAUCCUGGACAGCAGGAGACCUGAGGAAGAGGAGAACGAUGAAGACCAACAGUUCCUGGUGCAGGAAGUGACGACCACUGAAGCUCUGGAUACAAACACUGUGUCGACAGAAGCAGAGGACGACCCCACGACUCAUGGAGGUCUGGUGAAGAACAUCAUGGAGACAAAGAGAUAUUAUGAAGUGUCACCGUCUAAAGCUCAGUCUCACACGUGUCCCUCAGUCUCACACGUGUCCCUCAGUCUCACACCUGUCCCUCAGUCUCACACCUGUCCCUCAGUCUCACACAUGUCCCUCAGUCUCACACGUGUCCCUCAGUCUCACACCUGUCCCUCAGUCUCACACAUGUCCCUCAGUCUCACACAUGUCUCUGAUGUCCCUCAGUCUCACACGUGUCCCUCAGUCUCACACAUGUCCCUCAGUCUCACACGUGUCCCUCAGUCUCACACCUGUCCCUCAGUCUCACACAUGUCCCUCAGUCUCACACGUGUCCCUCAGUCUCACACGUGUCCCUCAGUCUCACACGUGUCCCUCAUCUCACACGUGUCCCUCAGUCUCACACCUGUCCCUCAGUCUCACACCUGUCCCUCAGUCUCCACGUGUCCCUCAGUCUCACACCUGUCCCUCAGUCUCACACCUGUCCCUCAGUCUCACACGUGUCCCUCAGUCUCACACGUGUCCCUCAGUCUCACACGUGUCCCUCAGUCUCACACCUGUCCCUCAGUCUCACACCUGUCCCUCAGUCUCACACGUGUCCCUCAGUCUCACACCUGUCCCUCAGUCUCACACCUGUCCCUCAGUCUCACACCUGUCCCUCAGUCUCACACGUGUCCCUCAGUCUCACACGUGUCCCUCAGUCUCACACAUGUCCCUCAGUCUCACACGUGUCCCUCAGUCUCACACCUGUCCCUCAGUCUCACACAUGUCCCUCAGUCUCACACGUGUCCCUCAGUCUCACACGUGUCCCUCAGUCUCACACCUGUCCCUCAGUCUCACACAUGUCCCUCAGUCUCACACAUGUCUCUGAUGUCCCUCAGUCUCACACGUGUCCCUCAGUCUCACACCUGUCCCUCAGUCUCACACAUGUCCCUCAGUCUCACACAUGUCUCUGAUGUCCCUCAGUCUCACACGUGUCCCUCAGUCUCACACCUGUCCCUCAGUCUCACACCUGUCCCUCAGUCUCACACAUGUCCCUCAGUCUCACACCUGUCCCUCAGUCUCACACCUGUCCCUCAGUCUCACACGUGUCCCUCAGUCUCACACGUGUCCCUCAGUCUCACACGUGUCCCUCAGUCUCACACCUGUCCCUCAGUCUCACACAUGUCCCUCAGUCUCACACGUGUCCCUCAGUCUCACACGUGUCCCUCAGUCUCACACGUGUCCCUCAGUCUCACACGUGUCCCUCAGUCUCACACCUGUCCCUCAGUCUCACACAUGUCCCUCAGUCUCACACAUGUCCCCCAGAUGCCCCGUCAGGACCAAGUUCACCGUGACUUGGUGCAGCGUGACAUGCAGCGGCUGCGCGCCGCGGUGCAGAGCGUGUGCUGCAGCGCUUUGCCGCUCGGGAAAAUCAUGGAUUACAUCCAGGAGGACGUGGACUCUAUGAGGACAGAGCUGAGCCAGUGGAAGGAGGAGAACAAGCAACAUGCCCGAGCACUGGAGGAGGAGAGAAGGCUGACAGAGGAGGCGCUGUUGCCUCUCCGCUCUGAGCUGCUGGAGCUGGACUCUCUGAUCCAGGAUCAGCAGACGCAGACCUGUGUCCUCCGCUGCUCUGUGCUGAGGAACGAGGACAAGAUCCACAAGAUGCUAAGAGGCCUCCAGCACCACAGCUGA